AUGUCCAAGCAACGUACGGUGACGGCAGCGCUGGCGAAUGUGCGCCGCGUGAUGACGCCACUGCCAGUUAAUAUAAGUGCGGACAUUACAAUCGGUGUCCGGUUGGAUGGCAACAAUACCAUACAACUUUUCGACAUUUACAAAAUACAAAAAGAUUGGUUGGAUAUUGAACCGAAAGGUUAUUGGAGCCCCGCUGAAGGUCUCAAGCUUAAUACCAGGUUCCAUCGAACCUUCGUCAACAGGCGUCGCAAUUUUAAGGGUCUACAAUUAGUAGGUGGCAUAGUGAUACGGGAACAGCCUGCCGAUAUGACUGAAUUGGACUAUUUGAACUCCAUGCACCAUAAAAAUUUUGACCCCAUGCAAAGGAAAACUUACCAAUUGGUUAAGUUAAUGGAACCUGUAUUUGACGUAAGCUUUCAACCAGUACUGAGGACAACUUGGGGUGAGCAAGCGCCGAAUGGCAGCUGGGAUGGUGUUAUGAAAUUAUUACUCUCCGGUGAAGCGGAAUUUUCACUAUGUCCCAUGCGUUUUGUCCCGAACAGGGUACAUUUAAUACAUUACACGAUAGCGGUACAUACGGAAUUUGUCUUCUUCAUAUUCCGUCAUCCGCACCGCAAUGACAUUCGUAACAUCUACUUUGAGCCGUUUGUCGAAGAGGUCUGGUACACUGUUAUUGCGAUUGUUGUUCUGACCACAUUAUUGUUGCAACUACAUUUGCAUCACGAAAAUCGCUUCUUCAUAAAUAAAGAUCCACACUUUCAGACGCGUUUCGAUUAUGCGAUUUUCUCCAUAUUGGAAGCAUUUUUCCAGCAAGGCCCCUCAACCGACGCUUUUGCCGCCACAUCAACGCGUACGCUCAUUUUCUCUGUUUGCCUGUUUAGCUUGUUGUUGCAACAGUUUUAUGGCGCUUUCAUUGUGGGCUCACUACUGUCCAUCUCACCGCGCACAAUAACCAAUUUGGAGGCACUAUAUAACAGCAGCCUCGAUAUCGGCAUAGAAAAUAUACCAUAUAAUAUUGAAACCUUUGAGAAAACUACAGUGCCGCUAGGGAUGGCAAUCUACAAGGAGCGUGUUUGCAAGAAUCGCGAAAGAAAUAUCUUAUACAUCGAGGAGGGCGCUGAGCGCAUAAAGAAGGGCGGCUUUGCCUUUCAUGUAUCGGCCAAUCGCAUGUACUACAUACUGAAAGAAUUACUAACCGAAAAGGAGUUUUGCGAUCUGCAAGAUGUGCCAUUCAUUCCACCCUAUCGUAUUGGUCUUGGUAUAACGAAAAGUUCACCGUUUCGCGAAUACUUUACAACAUCGAUUGCGAAAUUUCACACCUCCGGGCUUUUGCAACAUAACGACAACCAAUGGCAGUUGCCACAAAUGGACUGUAGCCUAAGUCAGAAUUAUGAGGUCGAAGUAGAUCUACAGCAUUUCUUGCCGGCUCUACUUUUUUUAGUAUCUGCUAUGCUACUUAGCUUGGCUGUAUUAAUUUUGGAGAUCAUCUACUACAACUUGGAGAAAAGCACGAAGCUGGCACGUUUGUGUCCGAGAAUAAUGCCGAAGCCCAAACUAGAGUUUAUAAAUUGA